AUGGAAUAUAAAGUAUGCCUCUUUGGUUUUGAGCACAGUGGAGUUAGAAGUCUUGUCCAUAGACUUAGUAGUGAUAAUUUCAGUGGACGCCCAAUAAUUUUUAAAGAAGAAUAUCAAUCUAUUGAGUACAAAAUAAAUAAAAAAGUAGUAAAGAUACAAAUUUGGGAUAAUUUGACUCUAGAACAAAAACAUAAAUCAACAAAUGAUUCAUUUAUUAAAGACGCUUCUGCUAUUAUCAUUGUUUGUGACAUUUUACAACCAAAUAUUGUUAUUAAAUUUAAAUCUCUUGUAACAAAGAUUCUUCUUUUUAAACCAAAUUGUAAAAUCCUUAUUGCGUUCAGUAAGAGUGAUCUUCCUAAUUCUGGAAUAGACCUAGAAAUAGCUGAACUGAUUCUAGAAAAAAAGCUAAACAUGGUAUCUGUUUCCUCUAAGACUGGUGACGGAAUACCAAAAAUUAAGGAGUUUAUUAUUUCUCAAAUCCAGGAAGAUAUGAGCAAAAAGGAAACUUCAACGUUACUCUCAUCAAAUGCUAAAACAUAUUUUACAAAAGAAAAAAAAGGACUUUCAAGAAUACGUCAAUUCUGCAAGUUUUAA